AUGUGGUUCCGCACCGCACUCGUCGCAGCUCUGCCGCUGCUCUCUCUUGCUGCACCUGUUUCCAACAGCAACAGCAAUGGCAGCGACGCCCUCCCGCGCACCGACUACGACGCCAUCAUCAUCGGUGGUGGUCCCUCUGGUCUUGCUGCGCUGAGCGGCCUGGCGCGCGUGCGUCGAAACGUCUUGCUCGUCGACUCGGGCGAGUACCGCAACGGCGCCACCCGUCACUUGCACGAUCUGCCCGGAAACGAUGGCCAGCAGCCGGCCUACUAUCGCUGGGUCGCGCGCACGUCCAUCGCCAACUACGGCACCAUCACCAUGACCAACGGCACAAUCACCAAGAUCCAGCCCGAGCGCAACAGCACGUACUUCACCGUCACCGGCAACUACACCGGCGGUCACGAAAUCACCUACACGGCCCGCAAGGUCAUCCUCGGCACCGGCGUCAAGGACAUCAUCCCCGGCACGCCGGGCCUGCAGGAGAACUUCGGCAAGGGCAUCUACUGGUGCCCCUGGUGCGACGGCCACGAGCACGCCGACCAGGCCCUCGGCAUCGUCGGCCCCGUGACCUCGGCCGCCAGCACCCUGCGCGAGGUGACGACGCUCAACACCGACGUCGUCGCCUUCACCAACGGCACCGCCGCCAACCAGACGCAGCUGGACGCGACGGAGAAGAGCUUCCCGCAGUGGCGCGACUACAUGAAGGCAAAGGGCGCGACCGUCGACGACCGCGUCCUCACGUCGAUUGAGCGCCUGCGCGACGGCGGCGACCCCUCGGCCGACCCGAGCCUGCCCACGCACCCGGAGCACGACCUCUUCCGCGUGCACUUUGCCACCGGCGAGCCUGUCCUGCGCAACGCCUUCGUCAUCAACGUGCCCACCGACCAGGCGUCCUCGCUGCCCGAGGACAUUGGCGCCAAGAUUGUCGGCGGCAAGGUCGACGUCGACCAGACAAAGGGCCUCGUCACGAGCGUGCCGGGCGUCUACGCCAUUGGCGACGCCAACAACGCCGGCGCCACCAACAUCCCCUUUGCCCUCUUCAGCGGCAAGCGCACCGCCGUGUACCUGCACGUGCAGCUCGAGCGCGAGAAUUCGGCGGCGCUGAUUGCCAGUCUGAACGGCACCAGCAGUGAGAGCAGCGGCAUCAGCGGUCGCAGCUUGCACGAGGAGGCGCGCGCCGUGUGGGACGAGAUGAACGGCCGCCCGGGCGACGUCUUGUACGCGGGCGAGUUUGACCAGUAG